AUCGGCUUCGUGGCAACCGACGGCAAGUAUUUCUCCAAGGUCGUGGGGGCGGGGGGGUUGUUCGUGAUACCGAUGGGUUUGGUUCAUUUCGAGUAUAAUGUGGGACAGGGGAUAGCGACGGCCACCGUGGCGUUUAAUAGUCAGCUCCCGGGAAUAGUGAUUCCGGCGGCGGAGCUUUUUGGGUCGAAGCCGGCGGUGCCGGAUGCGGUGUUGCGUGAGGCGUUUGGAGUGGGGGAGGAGGUUGUGCAGGAGAUCAGGGCUAAGUUUGGAUGAGAAGGUCAUAAAAUUUGUCAAGAUUUACAAAGAGGUUGUAGGUUCUAGUCUCUCAUAUGUGAUUUCACUGAUUUGUGUGUUUGAUAUAUGAAUGAAAUAUAAAGAUUAAAGGUAAUAUUUUCAA